CGACGUAUAAAUAUCGUCAACGACAAUGAGAUUAGGAUUUUAAUGGAACGCGAGCAGGAAACGCAGUGCGCGAAAUGACAGCCAUCAGGAAGAACGACGACGAUGUCAUCGAGAAAGCGUCGUCCACCGUGACAUCUCCGAUCUUACAACAGAACUGUACUCUCGGAAUCAGGCAUCUACAAGUGCUACUGCUGUUCCUGGGCAUGACUAUCGGGUACUGUCUUAGAGUCGGGAUGUCAGUAGCUGUGGUGCCGAUGGCAAAUGCAAGCAGCGCAAAUCCGAAUAUCGAGGAUUUUGGUUGGAGUAAAAAGGAAAAAGAUCUGGUGCUCAGUUCGUUCUUUUGGGGUUACGUGGUGAUGCAAGUGCCGAGCGGCUUCAUCGCCAGUAUCUGGAGUGGUCAAAAGCUUCUCAGUAUUGGGAUGCUGUUGUGUGGCGUCCUGAACAUCAUAACGCCAGUCGUCACUAGUCAGUGGAAACUGCCAGCUAUUCUGAUUUGCAGGGUAGGCAUGGGUCUUACUCAGGCUUGCCUAUUACCUUGCGUUCACACCCUCCUCUCCAAAUGGGCGCCGCCCUCUGAGAGGGCACGACUGGGAACAUUUGCUUACGCGGGUGCUCAAUUUGGCACGGUGAUAGCUAUGCCAAUUUCCGGAUUUCUCGCUGCAUCAAAUGUAGGCUGGCCCAGCAUCUUUUACUUGUUCGGUGCAUUAUCAAUCCUUUGGAGUGUGAGUUUCUUUUUUCUUGGGGCAGACUCGCCGUCCAAUCAUCGUAGUAUUUCCGAGGAGGAGAAGGAGUAUAUAGAAAAAAGUCUGAGGAUCACAGAAACAAAAGGAGACGAUAAAGUCGAUCAGAAACAGCAAAUACCAUGGAAACAGAUUUUUACCUCGGUACCUAUGUGGGCCAUCAUAAUAGCUCAUUGUGGCCAAAAUUGGGGAUAUUGGACGCUGUUGACGGAAAUACCCAGUUACAUGACGGGCGUGUUGAACUUCAAGAUCGAGCAAAGCGGUGGAAUUUCUGCUUUACCGUACUUAAUGAUGUGGAUCCUCAGUUUUCCUGCAAGCUGGUUAUCCGAUUAUGCGUUGAAGAAGGGUGCAUCUCGAGGCAUAGUCAGGAAGACUUGCAAUACAGUGGCUCAUUGGGGCCCGGCUGUUGCUUUGGCAUGCAUGAGCAUUAUACCUACUGACGAUUUUAUCUGGGCCGUCGUCAUUCUCAUCAUCGCGGUUGGUCUUAAUGCUGGAUCUCUAUGUGGUUACCAAAUCAAUCAUAUUGAUCUCAGUCCAAACUUUGCUGGCACUAUGAUGUCCAUUACCAAUUGCAUCGCCACUAUCACUGCCAUCAUUGCACCUAUUAUAUGCAGCGAGAUUGUCGUCGACGAGAGUAGUGUAUAUCAGUGGAACAUCGUAUUCUACGUUGCGGCGGUGAUUUACUUCCUGGGUAACUUGAUCUUUGUGAUAUGCGGGUCAGGCGAAGUACAAUGGUGGAACAAUUCGGAGGAAUCCGAAACUCGACGACAGAAACGAAGAGAAGAUAUAAAGGACGAAACGCGGAUUUGAAAUUUAUUGUGAUAUAUUUUAGGAUCUUUGUAAUUUUCUAUGGAACGAGCGGGGGCGUUACUAGGCAAUACGCAAUAUACGCAUCAGCGUAGGGCGCAAAAUUUUAAUAGGCGCCAAUAAUUUUUAAAGUAUCCAAAAACAUGUAAAAAUUGACCACUCGGUCUGCGAUGAUCCGCCUCUACCCGGUUCGAUAUUGCCUGCUUGUAAAAUUCCGUUUAACCGCGUGGCGGCUAGAAAGAUAUGACCUUUUUUGCAGCUUUGCGCUGGAGCGCGCGAGUAGAUUCCAGCGUAGAAGGAGCGCCUAAGAUAAUCGUAACGGCCCCGGGAAUUUAAUCGUGUUUGUAAACUUAAAAUUAUAACUAAAUUCAAUUAACUUUAUUCAAUUUAACUUCUUUUCUUUAUUCAAUUUAACCACUACGUGGUUUUUUUCAAAAUUUAAACUAUGAUCGACAAGGUUUAUUUAUGAUUUAUUCUAUGAUUUAUUUAUGAGGUCAUUAUUUAUCACAUAUUGUAUCACAUAUACUAGACUAUUAUAUAAGCUAGACUGUGAGACUUUUAUUUUGUACAAAUAUUUUAAUAAUAUUUCUGUAUCCCCUAUAUUAUACAUAUGCAUGCACAUAAUAUAACACUGAAGAAGCUAAUUAUUGAACGAACUAUGGUGUUGAUAAGCAAUCGUUUGUCAUUAUAUUGUUAUACCUGUUUCGAGUAAGAAAUUAAUAAUUUUAGCAAAUGGUGCGAUAUUUUAUUAUAUAAUAUGCGCAUGCACAAGAUUUUAGUACAUACUUUUAAGAGAUAGGUAUAUUAAAAAGACAGACUAGUAAUCUAACUAUAUAAGUAUAUAGAAAUAUAUAAUUAUCUAACAAUAAGUAUAUAGAAGUCUGUGUUAUUUAUAGUUAUCAACGAGCAGUUGUACAUAUACACGGUAUCUCAGAAUAACCACGACAACGCUCGUGAGCGAGUAGAGCAGUAAGCCAAACCAAAAAGUCCUUCACCGUUUUAAAUUUAAAUUUAAGAAAACUUUUCUUUGAUUAAUAAAACCUGAUGCAAACCAUGCGUAUUGAAGCAUUGGUUGAAAAAUCGGUGAUGUCAAUUGAUGUCAAUUGAUAAUUGAAGCAGAGAAUGGAUUCAAAUGCCUUUUUCUCUUGUCGAAAUUUCUCGCUUAUUUUCGAGCAAAUAGGCACAGUUCUGAAUUUUCUUUAUCUUGUCGAAAUCAAAAUGUCAACUGCGGUCAACUGCCUUGUAUACAAUGUUUAAUUUGCCGAAAAUGUCUUUGCUUUUCUUGUUUUUACGAUAAUUUUUAUCCUAAAAUUUGUAUUAUUAAAUAAAAUCUAAUUCUAUGAAAAAUCAA